CGCAGCCAUGCUUCUGGAAGACCAGCGCCAGCUUCACGAGGACCUGGAGCGGCUUGAGGAUGCCGCCGCAGAGCGCCUUCUCGAAGACCCCCCGCAUAUUCGCGACCGCCUCGCACGUGACCACGACAUUGCACGAUUCCUCGAGCAAAUCGAAAGCCAGUCGAGCCGCCUACUCAAGAUCUAUGAAGAUGCCGAUGGCAAGAAGGAGGAUGAAGUGCGCGCUCUCACCCACGGCGACCCGAUGGAGUCCUUUUUGAAGGAGGUCCAAUCCAUCAAAGACUUCCACAACCGCUACCCGAACGAGCCCGUCGAGAACCUAGAGAAGGCCUACAAGAAGCGGUCGCCCGAAGAUCACGCGCAGUCUAUUGCAGCCAUCGACUCAAUGUUCACUGGCGAGGAAGGUUUCGGUCGCUUCUUUGACCUGACCACGCUGCAUGAGCAGUACUUGAACCUUCCUGUUCAUCAGCACGCGCGCCGCCUGACGUAUCUGCAGUACCUCGAUCUGUUCGAUGUCUUCACGCCUCCCCAAUGUAACAUUCGCCGCGAUCAGAAGAAGUCUGAGGCCUACUUUCAUUACCUGAAGGCCCUGCAAGAUUAUCUCGAGAGCUUCAUGCGACGGACAAAGCCUUUGGAGAACUUGGACAGGCUCUUUGCUAACUUUGACAAAGAGUUUGAGGAGCUAUGGGAGAAGGACCAGGUACCCGGUUGGGAAAAAGUUGCUCCGGCAGCAGCCGACGGCGAAGCGCAGGGCGAGGGCAUCUGGUGUUCCGCAUGCAAAAAGGGGUUCUCAAAAGAGACGGUCUACGAAGCGCAUUUGACAGGCAAGAAGCACAAGAAGGCGGUACAAGAAAGCCAAAACGGCACACAGGAUGGUGGCAAGCAGGCAAACGGUGCUUUUGCAGACUUGCAACGCUUCAAGGAAUGCGCUGUUGCCGAGCGAGAAUUCAGGAUACGAAAGCUCGCUGCAGCCAUGCAGACUGAGCGCGGCGAUACCAAGAUGAACGUCGAGCGUAAGCAGGGCAUGACUGAACGCGAGCGACAACAGGAACUCGAGCAACUAUACUCCGAGACACCGGAAAGCGGCGCAAAGGAAGAAGACAACGACUCGGACGGCGAAGACAAAAUCUACAACCCGCUCAAGCUGCCGCUCGCAUGGGACGGCAAGCCCAUCCCCUUCUGGCUGUACAAGCUGCACGGCCUGGGCGUCGAGUUUCCCUGCGAAAUCUGCGGCAACUUUGUCUACAUGGGCCGCCGCGCCUUCGACAAGCACUUCAACGAGCCGCGCCACAUCCACGGCCUCAAGUGCCUCGGCAUCACAAACACGACGCUUUUCCGCGAAAUCACCAGCAUCAAGGAGGCCGAGGACCUGUGGAAGAAGAUCCAAAAGGACAAGAAGAAGGAGAAAAUGAUGGCCGAGAAUGUCGUCGAGAUGGAAGACUCAGAGGGCAACGUCAUGCCCGAGAAGGUGUACAGGGAUUUGGCCGCCGCUGGCAUGCUAUAAUCCGUCGAACUGCCGUGAAUCUGUAUCUGUUCGUUUUACGCAGCGAGUCCAGAUUUCGGUCGUAAGAGAAAAAAAAGAGCAUUGCGCUACAGCCAAGCCCGUGGCUACUCACCAUCACUCAAGAGGCCUUCAAAAGCAACGUCCUGUGCUACUCCUUGGAACUUUCAAAGGCAAGGUCCCUCAGCGCGUCGUUCCUUUUUUCUAUUCCAUCUCCCUCCCUUGAAUGGCCGCAUCGGUCGUCACAAACACACUGCAUGGCUGGC